AUCUCAUAUGGAUAGUCCCAUGUUAUUUGAUGGUUUAUUAAAUUAGUGGUAUAUGUCCGUAAGUCAAAGGAAAUUUAGUGGUGUUUGUCCGUGGCGCAUAUACUACGUCAUCGUACUACGUCACAUUCUUUUCAUCCUUGAGCUGCAUUGAGGAAGGUGCGUAGAAAUUCAGACAAUUUAAAAUUAAACUUUUUCCUUGUGAUAAUGCAUAUUCUUAAACUAUACUUCAAAAUAAAAUUCAUGAAUACUUUGCCUCCUACAGUUCAGCUAUUUCAUGGAUCGUUGGCACUUGAGAUUAAAGAUAUUUCAUGAUUUAAAAAGCGAAUGAGCCGGAGCUGGGGUACAUCUACAUGGCGAAUGGGCCCACGUGAAUUUUUAUCGCAAUGAUAUUCAUUGGAUAGUUUUUUCUUAUUAGUAGAUCUACUAUUUAAAUUUUAAAUUUAAAAGUAAAUAAAUAAUUAUUAGUAGAUCUACUAUUUAAAAUUUUAAAUUAAAAAAUCAAUCAAUAUCUAGAUUCUAAUUUCUAACGGAAUCGACAGUGCUUUUAGUCUCCGGCACUGUCACAGGUUUAUGAAAUGAUGAUGAGUUGUUGUUGUUGUUGAUGAUGCUGAUGGUGAUGGUGAUGUGAAGGAGGACGUUUGUGUAAUAAUAUUAUUUGACGUUGUUCUGCAUGUGGAUUAUGUCAACGAGGAUGAUGAUUAUGAUAAUGAUGAGGAUGAUGAUGGUCGUUAUCACAUAUUUCAGAGUUGAUGAUGAUGAUAAUGGUUAAUUCUAAUCAAAGUAAUAUGAAUUGUUAUUAAUUGUGAUGAUGAUUUGAAGGAAGAUGCUGUUAUAAUCGUAAUGAUAUGUUAUUAUUGCUGCUGCUGAACUUGAUGAUGAUGAUGAUGAUAAUGUUGAUCGAUAUUACAUAGAUCUAUUAGAAUCAGUUUGUUUAAGAGUUGAUGUUGAUGAUGAUAAGGGUUAAUUCUAGUCAUAGAAAUCUUAAACCUAUUUAGUGAAUAGUAGCCAGCUCAUCGGAAGUCAAGGUGGUAAUGGGUUUCAGAUUCUACUAAUACGGUAUACAAACGCCAAUGGAAGUAAGAGGCACCCAAUAUGAUCGUACUGCUGAUGACUGGCUUAUGUUGUUUUGUUUUGUUUUAAAGAUGAUGUUGAUGAUAAUGUUGUUUUUGAGGAUGAUGAUGAGAGGCUUAUUUGUUUAAAUAAUUUAACUUUUGCAAUACUGUACUGCAAAUUAAACUGUAAUAUGAUCGGAAUACUGACGACUGGCUUGUGGAAUUUUAAGAAAUGAUGUUGAACGAUGAUGAUGAUGAUCGAUAGUAGCCAAGGUCAGGUUUUACCUUUUAUUCAUUCUGAACUGGGAAUCCCAGUUUGAGAGUGAUGAUGAUGAUGGUCUGAUGAUUUGUUUAUGUUGAUGGACUUACUUGUAACAAUUGCUCGUUUAUUGCAAUAAAUCUACCUCAGUUUAUAUUCAUUAAAAAUCAUGAUAUUUGUAGAAACUUAAUAAAUUUUUUUAAAUCUUUUUACGUCAUUUUGGCGUUAGAUAAAAUGAAACGUCGUGAAAGACUGGAGAAGCGGGCCGGAGAGUUGGGUUUAAUGAACAAAAGAAAGAGGCGGGACGAGCCUCCACUGGUGAUUCCCCAUCAAGAUAAUGAAGUGGACGAAAGACAGAGGCAGGACGAGGCUCCUCCAUUGGUGAUUCCCCAACAAGAUAACGAAGUGCAGCAACUCGUGCAAAAUGAUGUGGGUGGUGACUGUGUGCAAAAAGGAACUGACGACUGUAGCCCAGACGUAAAAGGUAGAAGAAACUGCAGACCUGGAAAAAGACCUCUCCACACAGCUUACAUUCUCGUGGAGAUAAUUGGCGCCGUGUGUACUAGUACUGUACUAACAGCAAGACUUACCUUACAAUCUAACAGCAAGACUUACCUUACAAUCUAACAGCAAGACUUACCUUACAAUCUAACAGCAAGACUUACCUUACAAUCUAACAGCAAGACUUACCUUACAAAAUAACAGAAACAAAGAUAUUGAAACGUCUCCGAAAAGCAAAAAAUACCCAACCAGUAAAUAUUUUUUUCAGACGUUUUUUCGUCGCCUUAGUAAGUUCGUUUACUAUAAAUGAUUUAAGUAAUUACGUUUCUAUGUAUAUAAUAGGCAACUCAUAAAACGACAAAAAUAACGUAUCUUAUAUGGUUAUUAGCACGCCUUAGCCAACAGUAUGGCAUUUGGGCUACAGUAGAGCAUUUAGUCGGCUCAUAACCACCAAAGGCACGGCUUUGCCGUUUAAUUAGUGCAUUGUACACAGCAUGGUCUAUAACCUAUUAAUAACAAUGACAAUAAAAACUUACAAACUUUGGGUCCGCGUCAUCCGCUUCACGAUGAACAACCAAAACACCAGAGUUACCAGAGUCAUAGGCUGCGAAAUUCUGCAGUUAUAAAUAUCCGUAACUUUUGCUAUAGAAGAAGGCAUUGCACUUCAGGAUGGAAGUCCAUUCUAUACUGAAUUCAUUAAAUAACUUCCAAACUAUUUACUUAGAAAUGAUUCUUUCCUUACAUUCUCAUAAUUCACACUUCUGUCUGUUUAAAAACAGUAUCUUGCAACCUAGAGCGAAACAAUGCAAUAUAUUUUUUUAAAUUCCGACCUUAGUGUUUAUGAAACCAGUCGUAAAAAUUACACUCACUUUACUUUUCUUCUGCGUGAACAGUCCUGAUGGAAGAAAGCUUGAGGCCUCAAAAACUGACUCACUAAGCAUUUUACUUGUUUCGUCAUC